GGAGCGCACACUAACAUUUUUUUAAAUAUAUUAAAGAGAAUAAUUAAUUGUUAAAGAGACAGACUGCCUUUUGUGGUAAUAAGAGAAUGAAAUGUCGGACUGGCUUUAUUAUUUAAAGCCAGUUUAGUCAUGGCCGUGUUCACAAGCUCUUGAGUACGCUCCUAUUACCAAGUCAGAAGUUCGCUUAUUCGUUCCUAAAUAAAGAGAACUCCUUUCGGAACGCAGUCAGUUCUUAAAAGAAGAAAUUAUAUUAAGUGAAACAUGGGUCUUAUCUACAUAGUGGGUUCUCUUAGCAUCGCCGCUUUUCUCUACGAAAACUUAAAGUCCUUGUUCAGCAUUAUCAAGUCUGUUGUGGAACCGUUCUUCAGGCCGAAUUUGCCAAAGACUUUGGCGGAAAAAUUCGGAAAUUGGGCAGUGGUGACCGGUGCGACCGAUGGAAUCGGAAAGGAAUAUGCCAGGGAGUUGGCUCGUCAGGGUCUUAACCUGGUGCUCGUUUCGCGGAAAGAGGAAAAGCUGAUUGCAGUCACCAACGAGAUUGGGAGCCAAUAUAAUGUGAAAAUCAAGUGGAUUGUUGCGGACUUUGCAAAGGGACGCGAGGUGUACGCUCAUAUCGAAAAGGAACUGAAUGGAAUCGAAGUUGGAAUUUUGGUCAACAAUGUGGGCACGAUUCACGACCCGGAAAGCCUUGACAAGGUAUCGGAGGACAUGUUGUGGGACCUUCUCACCGUCAACGUGGGAUCGGUUACCAUGCUCACCCGCAAGAUCCUGCCCCAGAUGAUUAGUCGUCGAAAGGGAGCAAUUGUUAACCUCGGAUCCUCCUCCGAACUCCAGCCCCAUCCCAAUUUGACUGCUUAUGCGGCUACCAAGAAGUUCGUUACCCAUUUUACUAAAGGUUUAGAAUAUGAGGUGGCCGAACACAAUAUCCAUGUGCAGUUGGUUAUGCCAGCCUUUGUGGCCACCAAUAUGAAUUCCUAUUCCGAUAAAGUGAGGCAAGGAGGACUGCUUUUCCCCAACGCUUAUUCCUAUGCCCGGUCCGCAGUCUUUACACUGGGAAAGACGAGCGAGACCAACGGUUUCUGGGUUCAUGGAUUACAGUACGCCCUCAUGAAGUUGUUUCCCAUGGAGAUUCGUACUUACUUUGUAUACCAACUCUUUAAGCGAAUGAGAAUCGAGGCCAUGGAGCACAGACUGAAAAACCAAAAACUUUCUUAGGUUCCUAGCAGCCAUGUAAAUAUUUGGCAAAAUAAAUACCUUAGAGUUUACGCAGUUUGUAACAGUGGAAAUAAUAUUUUAAAUUUUUGAGAAUAUGUUAUGAUGAAAAUAAAAUAUAUUACACUU